AUGCACCAGGUCAACGCUAGGAUGGUGUUCAAGCGAAAUAACACCGACGUUUUUAUGGAGACGCUUACGGACAAGCAACACGAAUUUCUGGUGCAGACAACUCGUCAAGUGGAUGCAAGCGGAAUCGAGAAAAAGCGGAGAAAGGAACUUACUGAGCAUAAAGCAAGAACCGCUGUCAAAAAACGCGAGGCACAAGAGAGAUUUUCUCAGAGAAAGGAGAAGAAGAAGCAGCGCCUGGACGAGCUGGAGUUGAUUUUGGAUGAGAAGGUACUUGAUGGACUUAACAGGGAGGAACUCGACGGCCAAUGGGAUCUCCAUCGACGAGACAAUAACACACUUCCGGCCAAGAAUUCCUUCAAGCUCAAGAAAAAUAUACUUAUCGCAUUGAAGGCUCAAACAAAGAUCACUUGCGAAGCUCUGGCUAAGCAGGCACAUGUCUCAGAACUUCGUACGCCAGCCUCAGGUGGCUCACACUCAGGAGGUGAUUGA